CGCCCCCGUCGCGGCGAUCUACGACUGCGGCAAAAAAUCAAACACAAAAUAAGCAAAAAAUCUCCUCCCCACGCCAUUAUCAGAAGCUUGAGGAGGAGGAGGAGGAGGAGGAAGAAGAAGAAGCAGCAGCGCGUGGGGAAGGGGGAGUGGUGUUAUGGAGGAGCUGAGGCUGAGCCCGGAGCUUCAAGAAUCGGGGUGGGAGGAGCUGCGGCGGGAGGCGAGGAAGAUCGAGGGCGAUCUCGACGUCAAGCUCUCCUCCUACGCUCGCCUCGCCUCCCGAUCCUCCACCUCCUCCGGUUUCGUGGACAGUGGAUCGCCGACAGUAGGAUCCAGUAGGUCGUGGAAGUCUAUGGAGAUGGAAAUACAGUCUUUACUUGAGAAGCUAUUAGACGUCAAUGAUGCUAUGAGCCGUUGUGCAGCAUCAGCAACGCCUACCACCUCUGUGACACAAAAGCUCGCGAGGCAUAGAGACAUACUACAUGAAUUUGCACAGGAGUUUAAACGAACAAAGGGAAACAUGAACUCAAUGAGGGAGCAUGCAGAGCUUCUUAGUUCUUUUCGAGAUGAUAUCAGCGAAUCCAAGGCAUCUGGAAGCAAGUCAUUAGGGGUUCAUUUGUUAAGAGAGAGGGCUGCAAUUCAUGGAAGCAUAAAUCAAAUUGACGAAGUAAUAGGCCAAGCUCAAGCCACAAGAUCAGUUCUGGGCACGCAGCGGGCGUUGUUCGGAGAUGUCCAAGGAAAAGUCAAGCAGUUGGGCGAAAAAUUCCCUGUAAUUCGAGGCCUUCUUGGUGCCAUUAAGAGGAAGCGCUCGAAGGACACGCUAAUCCUCUCUGCAGUAAUAGCGGCGUGCACUUUGUUUCUAAUUAUAUAUUGGCUUUCGAAAUGAUGGAUUACUCUGAAAUGGACCGACGAAGAUGAACUGCGCCACAUCUCAUGGUUUCUCUCUCUUUAUAGUAAUAGUGAGGACACCGCAUGCCAGGGGCACGAGGCCUUGUUUGGGAAUGCGUGCUGUGCUGUUAAACACAACAACUUUGAUGCUUCUGAGCUCCGAGAACUUCGAGAGUACUUUAGAUUUCUGCUUCUCUGAGAAUAUGAAAUGGCGGGCCGUAUGCUUCUCCGGUGGAAUUCUGCACUACUGUGAUAUCACUGGAGGUGCGAGCUCCAAAACUCUUUGAAUUUUUCCCCCCCUCUUUUUUUACUUUUUUAUUAGAUAUAAAGCAUCAAAGUAGUUGUGUUUGUCGAAUGCAUUUCGAAACUGCGCUUAGUGGGAUGUGUGGAACAACAGUUGAUUAUUUGAUAAGUGACCGAGUUACAUCGGAAAAGUUUUAGUCAUGUGAUCUUGUUAAGAAAAAGAAAAAGGAGAUACCAGUAGUUUUUGAUCUAUGUACAGUUCUGGUGAAAUUUUACUUCAUGAGUACUUUGGAAAUUUAUCUCUACUGCAAAAUCCUGUAUAUCGUUUCAA